GUUCACCUACAUUCUCCAGUCUUCUCGUCUAUCUUUCAAAGUAAGAAAAACGGCUCUGGUCAGAAGCGGCGUCUGCUAUUCCUCUAUUGAGCUUCUUCUAGGUUCUAACCAACUUCAAAAACCGCUGCGUUCAAGAAACAGGACAGAGAUUUCAUAGGUCUUGAGGACGUCGACAAUGGCCACUACAACAGAGAUUGGGAUGCCUACACAGACUUUGCCAUCAUCUUUGGCAUUGCCAGGUUCACAACAAAAGAAAGGAUCAGCUGUCACUUCUGCUGAUUCAAAGCCAAAGAAGAAGAUCUGUUGUGCUUGCCCUGACACUAAGAGGCUAAGAGAUGAGUGCGUCGUGGAGAAUGGUGAAGCAGCUUGCACAAAAUGGAUUAAUGCUCAUAUUGAAUGCCUGCGUGCUGAGGGCUUCAAUGUUUGAAAUUGAAGAUAGCUCAGGUGAUAAUGAAGCAAAACUGCAAAAGAUGAAACAGUCCUUAUAGAUUGUAAGAAGAGUGUCCUCUACCUGCACUCAGUUAGAAUCAUCAAUCAUUUCACUUGUAGUUUGGAAUAAAGAAAGAAUCAAAUGGACUUAAUAGUGUACAUUCAUCUAUUUCUUUUGGAAUAAUGAAAUAAUUGUGUACAUUCACAAAUUUCUUUUGGAAUAUUGAAAUAAUUGUUGCAUGGUUAGACAUCAGCCAAAA